CUUUUAAAUGCACUGGGGGCAGUGCCUCUAAAACUUUGCUGCCCAUCUGCAGCAAGUUUUAAAAUCGGCACAGUGGAGAUUUUGUAUUACUCUUUAUGUGCUCCAAAAUCAGUUUUGUGUUUUUUGUGCUGGUUGGAGGCAGACUCUUCAGGUUGUAUUAUACAUUUCAGUUUGAAGUUAUUAACGUGAUAUGCAUAAUUAAUAUGCAUUGUUAAAUUACUCUUAUGAUUUUAUAACACAAUAUGCAAAUUGCAAAGCACCCAUUUACCUACUCACAUGUUUGUAGACCUACUGAUUUUUUAUUUCGAUAUAAUGUAUGUUUGUUUAUUGAACACACCGGCGAUAGUAAUUUUCAAACGCAAAAAUUAACUUGUAAAGUUGAUUUUACAACUCAGACGCAAAAUCUACCUAUACAAUAUCGUGUAGCAAUAUGUGUCGGCAUCCUGUUAUCGUAAUUGUCGUGGCGCUUUUUGCGAGUGGCUGGUAGCCUGGUGCCAUGUCAAAUGACUGGUAUGGUCUGGAUUUUUGUAAAAAUUAUUGUUAUUUAUCUGUCAUUUUUCCGUCAAUUAAAGCACUAUCAGCUUUCAAGGCCAUCAGAAUUGUGACAGGAUAUCGCAAGGAUAACGUUUGCGUUAUCAAAUAUGGCAGAUUCUCAUUAAGACAAUACAGUUUAUCUGUGGGCUUCUUCACCAAUUUAAGAAGACCUAAACUGAUAAACGGACCGAUCAUGACAAAUGAAAGAAAGUCGAUGCGGUAAUCACGCCAUGUUCCCAAUAUCAUUCUUUAUGGCAACACUUAUGACCUUUUGGCCAUAGCGUAGUUUUCCUAAGGUAGAUAUCGGUGUCGGAUAUUUACCGUAAUCUAGUAAUCCCAUAGGCUCGUUUGCCUUAGCUUCAUGCACAUAUUUUACACUGAAAAUUUGUUGUAAUUAAUCGCUAUUCUGCGCUGUUGUUGCUGUAUAUUUUUGCUUGGAUCUCAUUUGUACAUUCUCUGCAAACUUCUGCAUGGAUCUCGCUCAUCACCAUUAAUCAUGAUGCGUUUAUGGCUGUUUUGCCUAUUUGUGGCCGGUAUAAGUGCAUACCGGUGUCCGGGUCCAGACUGGCAUGCGCGGGAAAACACCGACGAUUGUUAUUAUGUGGAUCGUCCUGAUUUCGAUUCGACAGGAAAAUCAUGGGAGGAAGCUAGUCAGGAGUGCCAGAUUCGGGGUGGAAACUUAGCGGAUUCCUACAGCCAAGCUGAUCUGGAUUAUCUGAAGACAAGGUUGCACAAUGCUCCUGGAAUAGGCCUGCUUGAUUAUGCUUAUAAUUAUUACUGGAUCGAUUUAUCCUAUGCCUCUGGAGAAUGGAAAUGGCAGACAAGUGGCCGCGUGUUCACUGAAGGCGACUUAGGGUCAUACAAUCCCAACCGAGAUUCCUACUUCACUUCUUCGACAGCGAGCGAACGUGCCAAAAUGCGUGUAACCAUCAGACAUCGAGAAGACGGCUACGUUGACGUUGCCAUUCCACAGCCAGGUGGACUUUUUGGAACAACACCUCGUAAAGGCAAUUUUAUCUGCAAAGCCGCACACUCUUCUCGUCCACUAUGUAAAACUGAGCAAGGAUGGAGUUAUAUCAAUGGACGCUGUUGGAUGUUCCAUCGUCAGAUGGCUACUUGGGAUGCCGCUCAGAAAAUCUGUUUCGCUGAAGGUGGUUAUAUAGGUGUACCGAACAGCGACGAAGAGAACACCCGCAUUACAGUCUGGGAACGCUCCAUCAGUGUCAGUGAUGCGUGGUUGGGGCUAAAGGUCACGAAAGAUGUGAACACCUUUCCCUCAAAUGUCAUAUGGUUGGAUGGAACGUCCAUGCUGGCGCACGCCUAUAAUCAAUGGCCUACAACAGAUAUCAGUGGUUAUCUAAAUCAGUUAUCCGAUGGUACACGGUACUGCGGUGUCCACAAGAGAUCGCUCACCUCAUCGCAGCAAUCCAAAUGGGAACUGUCCGCCAGUUGUGAUACAACUCGAGCCUACGCAUGCGAAACUGAUACUGAAAAAUGUCCGUAUGGAUGGGAACACUACAGCGGACAGUGCUACAGCAUCGAAGGCGGCGAUGAUAACUUGGCUAAUUGGGGCGAGGCAUCGUUGCGCUGUAUCGGAAUGGGUGGUCACCUGGCGAUUAUAACAGACUCCAAUGUGCAAUCGUUUUUGGUGCAACAUAUCCGGCGUAUGGGUUGGUCAGCUUCGUCGAUCCAAUACUUCUACCUGGGACUUAGUGCGAACCCCAACGCUGGAUUCACGUGGGUGAACAACAACGACGCUCUGAGCAGCAGUUAUCUGAACUGGGCAACCGGUCAGCCGCCCGUUACCAACACACGCCGGUGUGCGUAUAUGCAGAUGACGGAAACAAACGGCCAGUGGGCAGCCACCACGAACUGUCUGGAUCCGUUGGGUUAUGUGUGUCAAGCCAGGGUGGGCAAUGCAAACAUUACCGAAUAUGUGAAACCGGAAGCCAAGUGUGACCCACCGUUUGAGAAGUAUCAUGGCACAUGUUUCUACUAUUCUGGCAAACCCGAUAAUCCCAUAAAGAAGAACUGGCAGGAUGCUGUCAUGCAUUGUCGGUCGCUAAAUUCGACAUUGGCGGAGAUUACCAGUGCUGGUGAAAAUAAUUUCAUUCGAGAAUAUCUCAGUGCCCGUGCUUGGAUCGGGUAUAAGAGACAGCCUAGUGAAUCCGGCAGCGAUAUUAUUCGAUACUCCGAUGACCGCAUUGUUCCCGGAACGGCCUUCACUAAUUACCGCUCAACUUUUGUAUUCGAAAACAAAUACUGCUACGCUAUGUUACCGCCCGAUGGUCCCCUGGCUCUUAUUCCCGCAUGGGGCAAAUGGGAUAUAGAAUCGUGUGAUGACGAAAAUUUUUUUGUGUGUACUCAUCGUGGACCAAUGACAUUUUUACCGACACGCCCUGCUACUGACCUUUACACACCAGAAUGCGGUGCCGAUUGGGCAUACGUUGGAGGUCAUUGUUACAAGAUUAACCUGGAGAGAGCACCCUAUGAUUACGCCUCCCAAAUGUGCCGUGGCUUGGAUCCAACAUCCAAUCUAGUGUACAUUCGUGAUGACAAUGAGAAUAACGUUCUGAAAGAUCUCAUCAACGAAAAGUUUAACAACAUCUCCAUACCGGGUUUGUCGAAUGCGGAGACGUUUUGGACAGGCCUGCGGAUAACCAAUAAGAACCAGUGGCACUGGGCCUACCGUAAUGAACAUAUGUGGAGCAAACCGAUGGCCUUCACCAACUGGGCACCUAAUCAGCCGAAUCCUUCCCUUUCGUACUCAACGGUCACGCCAAAAUGCGGUUUCCUUCGACGCGAUGCUUCCGCUGAAUGGGAAGCGAGUGAAUGUGACCUUUACAGGCCGUUCAUUUGUAAGAAGCAUGCUGUCCGUCCGCAAAACGCUACAGAACAAACGGGAACGACCACCGCUUCCCCUCCACUGGGCAUGAACUUUACAAUGGGUUGCAAGCCGGGCUGGCAGCGAAGUGGUGAUCACUGCUACCAUCAUUACCGCAACCAGACCGACUGGUUUACCGCUUUCCAGCAUUGCCGCACCUUUGGAAAUAAAUUCCGUCUCGCUGAACUGCAUAACCAGGCAAACUUUGACGAAGUCGGAGCGUUCCUUAACGGUGGCUGGAUCGGGAUGGACAGUGUGGAAAAACCUCAGUCACCACGCCAGUUCAUCUAUCUCCACAACCGACAGGUCCCCAAUUAUACACCGUGGGAAUCGCAGUUAUCACGUCCAGCAUAUGGUGAAAACUGUGUCGCCAUGUCGGGUAAAGGCCUGGUGGCGUAUAACUGCGGGGAAAUCAAAUCCUAUACGUGUAUGACGGAAGUGACCCCGGUGGAACUGGACCCCAAUGAAUGCCUGAAGCCGGUACAGGAUCAUGGCUGUCGGCGCUGGGGUUACGGUCGCGGGCACAAGUGUUAUUACAUGGGCAACGAUGCCAGUCACUUUGGGACACGGGAAUUAGUCAACUUUCAACAGGCGCGAGCGUUCUGCCAACAGAAUUUUGGUGGUGAUUUGGCGGUGGUCAACUCCGAUGAGGUGCAGCAGUUUAUGACCUUUUUAAUCGGCAGCUGGGGUUCGGAUUACUGGAUUGGCCUGCGAGAGGAUGCUAACCCGUGGAAUUCCUUUAAGAAGUGGAUUAACGGCGAGGAUGUCGCGUAUACCAACUGGGCGCACAAUGAACCGCAUUUCCAUCAGCAGACCACCGGGUGUGUGGCGAUGCACUCACAACGCACGGAUACGGCCGAGACGGGUGACUGGUAUGUUGGGCAGUGCGAUGUGGCCAAGUUCGCUCUGUGUGAGGCACCGCGCAAUGGAUGGUCACCACCAACCCCGCGACCGACGGCGCAUUUUGUUGGUGGUUGCCCGAGAGGAUGGAAAGCGCCGAGUGAUCCAUCGGCACUGCAUUGUUACUAUGCGUUUGCUCCCCCGGAUCAGCUGCCCAAUCAACCUGUUGAUCCAACCAAGUUAACAUGGCAGGAAGCGGAAACAUCCUGCAAUGCUUUUGGUGGACAUCUGGCAUCAAUCGCAACAGAAUUCGAAUACCGGCACAUUCUGGAUAAUGUGCUACCUAAUCGCAACAGCAGUUACAGCUACUGGAUUGGAUUGCAAGAGAACAUUUACGGAGAUUUCGAAUGGUCAGACGGGACACCGUAUGGUACCUUUGCCUUCUGGCAUCCCAACUACAAUCAGAAUAACGAGAUCAUAAGCGCGGACUGUGUGGCCAUGGAUGGCAACGAAGGGAAAUGGUUUGUUCAGAGCUGUAAUUUGGCAUGGGGAUGGGUGUGCGAGAUUCCUCGAGGAUGGUACAACGAGACCGAUGACAUCAUGCAGGUCACCGUGCCGGCUCCAACAAUUACCAACGCUCGAUGUCCUUCCGGGUCCACCGAUGACGGAGACUGGUUCUAUCACGCGCAGUCAGACAAGUGCUUCUUUGUGUCCCGUGUAAAAGAUUCAUGGGAGAACGCCCAUAUGGCUUGCAACCUGAAAGGCACCAAUCUCGCUAGUGUUUCCUCGACGCAACAGCCCUUCCUCAUGACGAUACUGACCCGGUAUGCCGCGCAUGAUAAUCUCUUCUGGCUGGGCUUGCGACUGACCCACCCUACCAAGAGACAGUACAGUUGGGUGGACAACAACCAGGACGUGUACCGCAACUGGGGCAAGGACGAGCCCCACCUCGAGGGCAUCGAAGGGUGUGGCGCUAUCAGUAAUGUCAAUGGAAAAUGGCGCGAUGCCAAUUGCCAGCGACAGUUGCACUAUAUCUGCAUGCAGGGAUUCAGUGUCGUUAAUCCGCCGACACUUCCCCCGGUACAGGAAGAAUGGGGUUGCCCUAACUGUCCCGACUGUAUCAUUUUCCGCGACCAUUGCUACUUUAUUUCACCGACUGCUGAACGAAAAAGCUGGAAAGCUGCCGAACAGGCAUGCCACGAUAAAUACUUCGCCGAUGAGAGAGGAUACCGACUGACAUCGGUCCACAACCAGUUCGAACAGGAUUUCUUAUCCACGUAUCUCAUGAAGGAUGAAAUUGACCGAUGGGGUGGAUUGUAUCAAGAUCCAAGCCGUGCGUUCCAGUUCUAUUGGUCAGAUCAGACGCCCAUUGACUAUACCAACUGGGUUCCGGGCGAGCCAAAUUACCAUCCUGAGGGGGCUGUCUGCGGUGAAAUCAAAGGCCCGAAAGCGCAGGCCGGCAAAUGGAACGAUGACUUGUGUACGGUUGAAAAAGGCUACAUUUGUAAAGGACGACGAGAGUCUGGAGCAUGGAAACCCAGCCCGGCAUCUUUACAGGGCAGUUGCCCGAUUGGUUAUGUCCAAGUCGGUGACGCCUGUUUUGUCGUACGAGAAGUCAACGGAGACCGCGACCGGGCGCAGAGCGUCUGCACGCAGAGCGACCCGUCCAGCCGUAUUGCGUCAGUGUUGGAUGCCAUGGAAAGCAUGCAAGCACAUUUGCUGCUAGGUGAAAAGGAGAACUACCCCAGCGCCACCGGUCCCGCUAAGGCCUGGCUCGGUUUGACCUAUGAAAACGGGAAGCUGCAGUACAGAGAAUCUAGCUGUUACACGUCCUUUAACAACAUCCAGGACUUCUAUUCGUAUUCGGGCCGAGAUAAGAAAUGUGUGUAUAUGGAGUGGAAUGGAAAGUGGAAACUGGAGGAUUGUACCGGUGUCAAUGCCACGCUGAAAUACACGAUUUGCGAAAGACGAUUAACUCCUUGUCAAACCGUCCCACCGCAGUUCACUGGACACUGUCCAACCGGUUUCCCGAAUGAAUGCAAUGACUACUGUUUAGCACUGCAGUAUAACACCGUCCAAGCUCCCAAUUCAAUCGCCAAGAAGAGUUUCCAGGAAGCCCGAGUGGACUGCCAGAGCCGAGGCGGAAGUUUGGUAUCUAUUCGCAGCCAACAGGAUCAGGAAUGCCUGAUGCGCUAUAUGAAAGACGCUUUUGAAAGCCUCUGGAUUGGUCUGUACGAGCAGUACGAUGUUGCAACCAAUUCGUACACCUGGAAGUGGAUUGACGAUACCGUUGCACUUGGAAACUUUGCUAACUGGAACACCGGCGAACCAACGUAUUUUAAUCCACGAGAAGAUUGUGUGGAGAUUUUGCCGAAUGGAUUGUGGAACAAUGUUCCUUGUAACGACUGGUACAACACGCGACGUGGAUACGUAUGUGAGGCACGAAAGAUCGGCGAUGGUGUGAGCACUCAACCUCCGCAAACGACGCGGACGCAGCCGACUGUGCCAACAGCACCUUCGGUUCAAACAAUCCCAACCCCGACGACUAGACAAACACCGCCUCCACAACCAGGAUCGUCGACCUCGGCGCCGACAGGUCCUACCCACCAGACUCCUGCAGGUGGCUCGUCCACAGGGUCCACCCGACGGGAAGAAGGUACCCCGCCUCCCACGAUUUUGCCUGAGACAUACACCGGCGGCAUCGGUGCAGGAGGUUUAGCGGGUAUCGGUGUGACCAUUGCCAUUCUCGUACCGGCGCUGACCGUUGCGGGAUACAUCUUCUGGAAACGGAGAAAUGUGGGCCACGUCGAUAAGUCUCAGUCGUCCUUUAAGCGAGGAAUGGCCGUGGACGAGGAGCCGGUAAUUGAUCCGGAGCAAGCGUAUGAUAGCUAUACGUAGAGAGAAAUUACUGGCUGGAACUGUACAUGAGUGUUUGAGGAAUUUGUUGUUAAGAUGUGAUCUGAUGGGUGAUGGCGUGGUUCGGUUAUUUUGUACCGUUUGACGGCAAUUAUUGCGUAGCGUGUUGGAUAUGUUUAUAUAAUAAUUACACAAUAUUAUUGUUUGCAAGCUUGCUAAUAAACAUCGAUCUAUGAA